CGCGUGCUGCGGGAGUUUUCAACCCCCAACUGCUGUGAGGAUAGAGGCGUAGCCGACGGCGCGGCUUCGACUGCCUAGUUCCCGUUCCAAGCUUUGGCGCGCGAAAGAGACGGAGGGCGGGGCGCGCGCGCCGGACUAUCUUCAAAUCUAACGGCCGCGGCGGGAAGGGCUUUGCGUUGGGUCCCGACCGCAGCGGCACCUCGUGAGGGACAGUGUGUGUGAAGGGGCUUCCUAUUGCGAACCCGGCCUUGCUGAUCAUUUGAAAGGGCGGGCGGGGCUAGGCUUGAGUCUGAAGCCACCUUGGGGAAGGCUUUCCGGACCUUGUAGGAGCAGGAAAAGUUGAGCUUGGGGCUGCCCAGUAGGAAUCGCGCUGCCAGCUGUGAGCCAGUCCCCCAUCAUCUCCCUCUGAGGAGUUGGUGGGAGAAGGACUCCUGGGAACUUCUGUGAGCAGGGGGCAAGGGGAAUCCAUUCUUGCAGUGAGGCGAAGGCCUAGUUGGGGAGUGGUUGGGACAUGGCUGUUGGUUGGGACGCUUGUCUGUGAGCCCAGUGGAUUGAGUAUCACAGUGCUCAAGCAGGAUGACUUCCAUAAACAGCAGCUUUGACUGGGUCACAUCUUCCAGAGAAGGGUCCUUAAGCAUGAGGAAUUCAGAGGAUGAGAAUUUCUAUGGAAAAUACCAUAUCCUAACGAAGAACCAGCCAUUCCUUGUGCUGCUGAUAUUUAUGAGCUGUGUAGUAGGCGCUUUGUUGAGAACCUUUCUGAAGGAAUGGAAUGUUCCUAUUAUUAUAAUUCUUUGUUUUAUUGGAGUUCUCCUUGGAGUAUUGGGCUACUUUGUAAAUGAGGUUAAAGCAUUGACAGAGUACAUUGCAGGAAUUGAUCCAGUCCUUUUUCUUCAUAUUUUCACACCUGUUAUAAUAUUUACUGCUGCUUUUGAAAUGGAUUUUUAUAUAGUUCGGAAAUCAUUGUUUCAGAUAUUGCUACUUUCAGUUCCUGGUUUUUUGCUGAAUUGCACUUUAAUUGGAUGGUUAACUUAUAAAAUCAAUAAGUAUGACUGGAACUGGCAUGUUAGCAUGUUGUUUGGAAUCAUUCUUAGCGCAACAGAUCCUAUCCUGUCUGUGGCUUCUGUGAAAAACAUUGGUCUUUCAAAAAUUGUCAUUAAUCUGAUUAAAGGAGAAAGUUUGUUCAAUGAUGCUACCACGGUAAUUGUUUUUGAACUUUACAAGGAUCUUGUAUUUGGUCAUCAUACUGAAUAUGUCAAAGAGGUUAUUAUUAAAUUAAUAUUAAAAUUUUUUGCAAGUACCAUAUUUGGAUUUUUGAGUUCAAGACUGAUUAUAUAUUGGCUGUCUCAUAUCUUCAAUGAUGGGUUAACUGAAGUAAUUCUGAGUUUCUCAAUGACAUACAUGAUUUUCUUCAUUGCUGAGUGGAUUGGAAUGUCUGGAGUUAUUUCUCUCACUGUGUUGGGAAUUCUGUUAGAUUCUGUAAGCUUUAGUCCAGGUGUUGAUGAAUUUAUCUUUAGGUUCUGGGCAAUGCUGACAUUUUUGGCUUAUGUUCUGAUAUUCAUUAUAAUUGGAAUUGUGAUAGCAGUGAAAACCUUUCCAUAUGUGACAGUUCGUGAUUUAUUUUAUAUCUUAACAGUCUACCUUGCAUUGAAUCUUAUAAGAGGUCUAGUUGUUUUGUUUUUGAGUCCUCUUCUGAGCCGCCUUGGUUAUGGAUUUAACUGGCGCUGGGGAACUGUUAUUGUCUGGAGUGGAAUGAGGGGUACUUUUACUUUGAAUAUGGCUCUUGAGAUUAGCCAUGCAAAAGAUCCGGGUACAAGAGCAAUGAAGAGCAUGAUAUUACUUCAUGCAGGAACAGCAUCAUUAAUGACUUUGAUGAUUAAUUCUACCACAGUAAAAAAGCUGGUCACAACGUUAGGUCUAUGUAAUAUUACUCUUCCAAAGCGUAUGGCAAUGUACAAUGCUGUUCAGCGUAUAAAAGAAAUGGAGGCCAACACAUUUUCCAUGUUAAAACUUGACAGAUUUUUAGCUGAUGCAAAUUGGACUAUGACUGAAGAAGCAAUUAAAAUUGAUUAUCCUUAUAAAUUUGACAUAGAGGAAGUUUCCCAAAUUGUUAGAACACUUAAAUGUCCAGAUUGUAACAAAGAAAUUUCAUACGAGACAACACCUCAACAAAUUGCUGACAUACUAGAAGAAGCCAGGUUACGUCUUUUAACAGCGCAAAUAGCCAGUUAUCAGAAGCAGUACCAUGCUGGAAUGCUUAACCAAGAAGCUGCCCAAACAUUAAUAGGUGCAGCAGAAAGCUAUGUUGAUAUUAAAGGAAAAUUUAUGAAUAUUCAUGAGGUAAAGACAUAUUGGGAAAGCAAAGGACUACUAGUUUCCUUUAAGAAAUUGUUAUCUGAUUGGGUUUAUAGUGUGAAAGAUGAAAAAUUUAAGUCAUCAAGGAACAAGAUUCUGAAGCUGUGUCACCAAAUUGUAUUUAUGGAAGAAUUUGAGUACAUAAGUCACAUAGUAACAUUAUUGAAUUUCGUUCCCAUUUUAAUGGAUUUUAUGCCAUAUCUAAGUGAAUUAUAUCGUAACCAACUAAAAAUCUCUAACUACUAUUUCAUCGGUUUGUAUAUACUAGAGGCAUCAUUAAAGGUUGUGGCCAUGGGGAGGACGUACAUCUUUCAUCAUUGGAAUUGUUUUGACCUAGUGAUCAUAAUAAUUGCACUGAUAGAUAUCAUGAUUAUUAAUGUUUUUAAGCCACUUCACCGAACAGACCAUAUGAUUAAGAUUGUCAGGAUAUUCCGAGUUAUUCGCCUUAUUAGACUUCUUCGUGUUUUGAAGCUUGUGAUACCACAUUUAAUAAGCCUGUUGGAAAAACAAAUAAACAAACAGCUAACUUUUAGGUAUGAUAUUGCCAAGGGAUAUGUCCAAGGUGAAGAAGAUACAAAAUAUUUAAUUGAACAGAUUGCUGGUCAUGAGACAAUUUCUAAGGAAAUAAAUAAAAUUAUGGAAAAAAAUAAACAAGAUGCUAUGAAAGAGUUAGGUUUAAUGCAGCGUGAUUAUCCAGACAUUGUUACUGCUGUGAAAACCAAACAGGCAGUCCAAACUGUGCUAAAUACAGCUACAGAAACUCUUAAAGUAUUGAUAUCAGGUGGAAUUGUUGAUAAAAAUGAAGGAGAAAAAAUACAAAAGAUGAUUUUUGAAAAAAAAAAAAAUAUUGGAACUCUUCCAUGUACUAUUGCACCACCUACUGCAGAAGAGCUUUUACACAGUAUCAGCUGGUUGGAAAAUGAGAAGACCCAAAUAGAAUUCAUCCAGAAAAAAGCAAGGCUCCUUUGCUAUGACUAUGGAGAUGUUAUAUGUGAGGAACAUGAAAUGCCACAAGGAAUUCAUCUAAUUAUUUCUGGAAUGACAAAGCUUUGUGGUUCCAGUCCUUGCUAUGGAAUUGACAAAGACAUAUACGAGCAGAGAUAUCCUACAACGCUGAUAUACACUGACUACCUGGUCAGUGGCGCAAUAAUAGGAGAGCUGAACUGCCUAACUAAGCAAGAAAUGGAAUAUACUGUUACCUGUGAAACUGCUGUUCAGACAUGUUUUAUUUCUAUGGAUGAUUUAUUUGAAGCUUUUGAUAAGUUUUUGGAAUGCCCAUCGUUGGAAUACAAAAUAUGGUUAAAACUUGCUCUGGAUAUCACUUUCAAAACUUUCAAGGAAAACCUUGCUUAUCAGGAUUGGUCAUACAAGAUGUGUACAAAGUUUCCUAAUGUUUAUGUGAUGGAUGUACCAACCCACAGCAAAUGUGAUAUUUAUGAUGGAACCAUGGAUGAUGUUAUUCUUGUACAUGGAAGUGUACAAGAUUGUCAACAACUACAACCUUAUUUUGCACCCUGUAUUUUACCUAAAACCUGCCAUCAGGUACAAGGCACUGCUGCAGUAACAAAACUGCUAAUUGUACGAACUGCUACCAGUGUGAAGAGGAAGAGUAGUAGAAGAUGUAGUAAUGUUUGUCAAUACCAUUCAUCUAUGCGGAGACAAGCUACUGUUGGAAAUACUGUGAAAACAGAUGGUAGCAAUCAGCAUUCACUACGCCCAGAUGCUGUAAGUUUAAAACAUACCAAAUAUAAAUCUGUUUUUGAAACAGGUACAUUAAGAAUACUGUACAAGACAGAUACAACAAUAAUUUUCACUCUUUAGGAAAUUAUACUCAUUUUUAUAUUUCUAAAAAAGCAGUCAUUACAAAUGUCUAAGUGUAAGCAGAAGAACAGGACAACAUAAAAAGAUUCUUGCCCUCUUUAUAUAGUGUAAUAGAUAGUCAUUCCUUCAUGCAGGCAAAGGCUGAGACAUAGGUGUGCCCUAGGUCCCAUGAGGAGCAGACUUCGGCUAUCAGCUAAACUGAAGAUCCUGUAGUAGAAAUUCCCCAGCUUCAGAUAUUCCAUUGUUGUAUAUAUGGACAGGUGAAGAAUUAAACUAAUUAUAUAGUAAAAAUGUUUAAUGAUACCGACAAACACCCCUUUAAUAUGCUUUUAACAAGUCUUAAAAAUCUUGCUUAUUUAAAUCUUAUUUCUUCCUUCUCGCAACUCCAAAAAACUCUUGAUAAUCUCUCUAUAUAAAAAUACUUUUCCCGUGGGACAAUGGAGUGACAUCACCACGUCAGUCUGUCCCACCUGUCUCUUCCUUCCCCUUUCUCCAGUGCUUAGCUGCCACACUGCAGCCUCCCUCCUCCUCAUUCCCCAGGGGCUAGGGGAAGCACAUGGGGCCUGGUGAGACCCGGAACUGGCCCCGUCUCUGGUGGCCAGAGGGACAGUGUGGGGCCUGGCCUUGGAGCUCCCUUCCCUCCCCAGCAGCCAGGAGUGAGGAAGAGCCAGAGCUAGGGAGGGGAAAUGGGGGGGGGGAAGGGGCUCCGGGGCCCUGCCAGCCUCAGAUCUUGCCUGGCGGGGAGAGGCAGAGGACUCAGCCUGGGCCCUCCUGGCAGCCGGAAAGCAAGCCAGGCCUACCUUGGCCUGGUCCACUUACUGCCCCUCUCCCCUCAUAACAGCCAGAGGGAGAGAUCCAGACCAGCCAGUCUUGGCCCAGCCCAACCGCCCCCAGCAGCCAAAGAGAGCCGGUCCAUCUGUGGCCUCAGCCUGGUCCAAGUCCCAGUGGCCAGAACGGGAGAGUCAGGGCUGGUCUGGGACAAACCAGACUUUCAUAAGGUCCUUAAUCUACCCAUUCUUGCAGUGCUCUGCUCAUGACAGGAAAAAGACAGUUUUGACAAUGAAUGCUGUUAACUUUGGGACUUACUAAAGAAGGAGCCACACCAAUAAAUGUUAUAACAGAAAAUGUGCCAGCUUCUGAAUGAUAUAGGUGACAGUAGAUACUAGCUAAGGUGGUACCCCUAUAGCCAUCCUGGAGUCUUUCAAAAUCCAUGGAUCCAAAAUAUGCAUAUCAGCAUAUAAUUUACCACUUUUGCUCAUAAGGUCCUUGUUCAAAUCACUAACUACAUGGCAGGGAAUAAGAAUCUCAGAUUCCUUAUUUUUUCCAAUUUGCUGGGUUUUCUUCCUCAAGCUAUGCUAAGUGAAUAUUCCUCCUAAACAAAACACUUUCAGACUAAAGAACUGCAUUUUGAUGACCUUCCAAACAUAGUUCAGUACUUGCUUUUUCCCCAGUGAUUUUUGUGAAGGGCAGAAAAUAUAUGGUUUCCUGGAGGCAAGGAUGUUUAAGUGCUAGGAAUUGAUCUAUAGGAACUAGUUUUCCAAUUUAAUAUGCUGAAUUGCAGUUUAGGGGUGGAGGGUGCGACAGCCACAGAACUGGAUGAAGCGUUAUUAGUUAUAUUUUUGUUUCAAAUUACAGAAAGGCCAUAUAGUGCGUGUCAUUUCAAUUCAAAUAAUGCAAGAAGUAUUUUUAAAAUAAUUGCACUCUUCAUACAGGACACUGAUGUGUUAACUCCAGGACAGUCCAUCAGUGUGUCAGUCUUGUGAAGGGUAAAAGUGCACCAGUAUCAUCCACCACCACAGGAGAAAGUUGUGGAAGCAGAAGAGGUUAGAGUCUAUUAGAACCAAAUACCCUAAUGUUAUUUUUUUUAAUAUAAGUGAUUUCCAUUUUUAUUGUGAAAUCUAGUUUGUUCAGAUGCAUCUCCUUUAGCAUUCUAUACAAGUUUCAUUACAGAAUUGAAUUUUCCUUAGAAUAGAGUAGCAUUAGCAGUACAGAAUUUACAAAGCUAUAUUUAUACUUUGCUAGUAAACCUUUCAAAGCUAUCAAAAUGUUUCAGAUGUUUUUAGUCUAUAUGUAACUGACACCAUAUAACGAUAUUAAAAUUUUUAAGAAAUAAGUUUGUACACAGCACCUCAUUUGCACAAAGCACUUAUUUGCAGUAACCUAGACCCAUACUGUGCCUUAGUGGCAGUUGGUAAAAGGAUUGUUUUCUGAUAUUAUCAAGAAGCCAUCUCAGUGGCUCUGAAGGCUACACAGAUCUGUUGAAAGUCUUUCCUACAUUACUGCAGGACAAUAUCAGUCAAUGGGAGAACUUCAUAAUGAAAGCAAAAUUCAAAACCUACUUAAUCAGUAACAAGAAAAGUUAAACUUGUAUUAGCCCGUAAUGCAUUUGGGUUAUCACAAGGCAGCAAUGGUAGUUGAAUUUUUGUUUCUAGAUAAGAUUAGAUAUAGAGGGAACAGAGAAGGGGACCGAAGACAGAAUGCUAGGUACAGCCAAAAGAACAAAAAAGUGUAAGCUAUUUUAUCAAUUGGAGGCUGUUCUGACAAUAGAUGUUUGGAGAAGCCACGCUUCUGAGAGGGCUGAAGAGAACUGCAUGGUUUUGCAUAUCCUCUCACUCUGGUUCAUCACACAUUGAAGGAUGGGCUGCAGUGAUUCUAACUGUUCUGAAACUGCUACGGCAACUGCUCUGAAUACUACUGAAGAUUCACUAAGGAGAAUUUAGAAUACCCUGGUUUUAACCUCUAAAACUGAAAGAGCCUCAAAUUGAGAUUAUGACCAGGUAAGAAAAGAGGCACUUACAUAUGCAGACUUAGAGUAGAAAAUGUGUUGAAGACAUGCUUCUGUUCUGAGCAAAGCUCGUUCCCUUACUUCUUUUUUUGUGUGUGUGCGCGCGCGCCAGUAGAGAACAAGGAAUAAGUAUUGACAGGAAAUAUGUUUGUAAUAAAAAUCUUUACAAAAGCAAGAGAAUAUUCCUUUGCUGCUUUGUACUGUCAGAGACACAGUGUUCUAGGGCAGCAAUGCAAUGGGCUAUUUUCCAAAGAAUUUACAACAUAAAUUACCUUCUACAAUGUUACGGUACCCAUCUAUCAUGGAACAGAUAUCUCCAGAGAGAAGCUUGAUUAUCUCAUCUUUCAGAUCCUAAUUCAGCAAGAUACUUUAACAUGCAAUUUAGUUCCCACUGAAGUAAGGGCCUAAGGCUUCAUCCAGCAACUAACCAAGGCUAAAAACUCUUCAUUGGAUCAGGAAUCAGAAAGACAGUAUGACUGCAGCUCAAAAACCCAACCCCUAUAAGUUAUUAUAGCUCAUGCUUAUAGAUUGGGUUUUGGAAAGCUGCAGCCUGACUUCAUUCUUAGAUAAUCCUAAGAGUUGAAGCUCUGAAAAAGCAUCUGAAUCAGCAGUAGGCUGCCUAAUUCAGAAACAGACAAAGUAAGGAAAUUUCCUGUUGGGAGUAAAUACCUUCUACCAGAAAAAAGCCUCAUCUUUUAAUUUUACUUUAUACUACUACUGUCUUUCACAGUAGUUUACAGUGCCAACUGUCAAGCCUUUGGCACUCCCACAAAAGCAGCACUGUUAGGCAAUACUCUGUGGUAAUUGAGUGAUAUUUCAAACUUUGCUUUAAUCUAAAAACUAAACUCUCAAUACAGAUGAUAGAGAUUUUUAAAAAAGCAAAUUAAAAAUAGUUACAAAUAUUUACCAAAAAAUCUCAAUCAGUACUUACAGUAUGAUUAAGAUGGAGCCCAUUCAAAUUAUCACGUGAGGUAGUCUUAAACCUCACUUAUCUAAGCAAAGGAACAUGCAGACAUGUUUCAAAUCACAUUUUAUCUUCAUAAUCCCUGUAAACACCCCACCUUGUGGCAAAACACUCCUCCACCUCCAUGUGGUUGCAUGUCUCUUUGCUUGAUAGGGAAGAAGUAGUCACUAAAAAACAAAUAGUGUACCGGCCCCCCCAUCCCCCAAGAGUGAGCCAUGCCUGGAAUCCAGCUUUGACCAACAGCUUGAGCUUGGAGCCAAAGUUGGUGGUUUUGGUACUGAGAUAACUGGAUCAGUAAUAAUCCCAAAAAUGGAACAAAGAUAAAUUUAGCAGAUAUCCCAUCUUAAAGUAUUGCGUUCAAAAUACUCUGAAACCAUCAUGUGAAACUUAUUCAGGACUGCUUACUUUGAAGUAAGAUUAAAGUCAGAAUAUUCCAUUUUAUAGAAAGUGUAUUUUUUUAAAUAAGAGUGGGUUCACCCUGCAUCAUUUAUGCACAAACAAGCAACACUGGUUGGCCUUUUUUACUCUGCAUAUUAUUGCGGUUUGCCUUUGUUUUCACCAGAUGGCUCAAGUAAUUUCUUGGGGUUUGCUACUUGGAAUCUCUCUAUGGAGAUUAUGUAUGAAAUGCAAGACAAGAACUAACGGAAAUCCCAUUAUACAUUUUUUUUUAUUUCUGUAUGCAAUGUAAUGUUUAGGCACGUUGCUUGGGACACUUUCUAAAAUAAAUCAUUGGCCAUUGUUUAGAGUAUCCUUUUGGCUUUAAAUACUGGUUAGGAAAACAAAACAAUGUAAAAAUAAAUGACUAUAACUUCCUAUUACAGAAAUAAAAAUGGAUUUGCAUCUAAAAGUGCAAGAGGUGAAGUACUUUAACCCUUUCACCAGACAAUGUGGCAAUAUACAAUAUAUUGCUUCUGUUUGUUUGAGAAGGCUGUUGGAAUUUUAUACCGACAUAGAAAAUUAUAAAUUAUACAGAAUUAGUUUCCAUAAUCAUUAUAUAUACAAACCAGCAGAGGAAAAAA